AUGUCUCUAUGCCAGGCCAUACCAUCGUAUGUGUACCUUGAUGUCUACCGCACACAGGUCAUGGUGUCGUAUGCUGGACAACAACGGACGUUCCGCCUCUGCAGAGACUAUGAUCAUAUGGCAGCAGAGUGCAGUAAGCGUGGGCAGGCCAGGAGGCUGGCCGGUGGAGCAACAGCCAUUGAUGAGCAGGAGGAUCUCGUACAUGGCCGACAAGGAGAUGGUGGGCAUGGUCAACUUUGGAGUGAAGAGACUGAGGCGCCAGUGGUGGAGUUGGAACUGGAGCUGACGACUACCACAUCACCUACACUGCUGGUGGUACAGCAAGCUUGUAGGGAGGACCAGGUGACUGUGGAAGUUGUGGAAUUCAAUGCAACAAUAGCAUUGGUAUUGCAAACCAUGUUCCCUUCUACAGAUGGUGUCUCCCCGGCUGUGCUGUUGGCCAGUCCGGAGCUCAUAUCUGUGGUGGCCGAGUGGCAGGAGGCGGCUGUGAGUGCUGGUGAGGCUGGCGGGGGCAUGCUGACCCCUGGUGGUGGUGGAGGCUCACCGUGUGGGCACCCCGGUCAUGAGCAUGGAGAAGGACGUUGGGACGAGGAGAGCGGCAGCACUAUACUUUUCGAUGACCAGAAACGAGCAGUUGGGGUUCGUUUUGAUCACCGUGAGAAGGCACGAACUGUGUUAGCCAAGAGAGAAGUGGAGGUGUCAGCCAGGUCGAUUGGUUCUCCACACCUUCUCAUGUUAUUAGGCAUUGGUCCAGCUCAGCACCUCACUGACCAUGGUAUACCAGUGUUGGUGGACCUUCCUGGAGUGGGCAGCAAUCUACAGGACCAUCCAGCUGUCGUCGGCCUCUCGUGGACUGUCAAGCCAGGAUCUGCUUCCAGCUUAUUGGCUUUCAUCAAUCCCGCAGACACUAGAAAUUACAUCCAGAACAGACAAGGUCCUUUAACGAAUCCAUUGGCCGUGGAGGGAUAUGCUUGGAACCUAGCCGAAGAAGGUGACCCGUAUUGGCCAGAGUUUCAAUAUAUUUUACUGUCUGGCACUCCAGCGGCCAACGCUGGACUGGCGCUUACUGAUCUCCCGGACUUCAGUAGAGAUUUCUUCCAUCGGUAUUUUGGACCUAUAAAGGUGAAGCAAGGGUUUACCAUUUUGCCUGUCUUGCUUCGAGAAAAGAGCCGAGGGACUGUACGGCUGAGGUCUGGCGACCCUCACGAGUCCGCUCUCAUUGACCCCAACUUCCUCAGUCACCCUGAUGAUGUUGCUUCCCUAAUACGUGGUGUUGCCAGGAUGUGAGAGAGAGGUGUAUGGAUCUGACAGCUACUGGGCAUGUUAUACACGAUUCACAGCCCAAACUAUAUAUCACCCGGUUGGUACCUGUAAGAUGGGGGGGGUACCCCGUCUUCAGACCCUCUGGGUGUUGUGGACCAUACUCUCAAGUUACGAGGCGUGAGAGGGGUACGGGUAGUCGAUGCUUUUAUCAUGCCCCAGAUCGUGACGGGCAACCUGAAUGCCCCAACUAUCAUGAUUGGUGAGAGAGCUGCUGAUCUUAUCAAGCAAGAUUGGGGAAUCUUGAUCUAAGUCUUGCAAUAAUAUUGCAAGGAUCCCAUUACAAAUACGUCACUUUAACUUGACUGGGUUUUAAUGGGUAAUUUACACGUAUGUUGAUGUGUAAAUCAAUUGUAAAAAUGUAAGUUUGUGAAAGAUAUGUGAAUAAACUUACUUAUAUGAUCAGCCGGGCUGUGGUUCAUACCUCGGUUUACGUGCGGCCAGCAGUAACAGCCUGGUUGAUCAGGCCCUGAUCUGCCACGAGGCCUGGUCACGGACCGGGCCGCGGGUAUACCGUAGUACAUGUAAGAAAUUAUCAUGAUAUAAACACUAAGAGAAUAAAAUCUCACAGUGCAUAUACA